AGGGAUUUCAAAGCUUGAAUAAAGAUGCUCAACGUCUCGGGUCGCUGGAGCCUUGUCACCGGGCCAAACUGAACCAACCUGGAGGGAGGUAGGUAUCGGGGAACUUGCACACGUUCACACGUCGCCCAAUUCCCGCUCGCAUCGUCGUCUGGUCCCAUUUGACUCCGGCGAUGGAACUGAAGAAAUCAAUUUCGGACACGGAGCGCGCACUGAGGAGCUACGGCGCCGUGUCAGAAACGGCAUGGACCACAGACAAAGGUCACUCCGACGUGUCCAUGGCGGAGAGCACCAUGUCUCCAGAUGAGAUCGAGGUGGAGAUGGCUCGCAUCCAGCGCCUGCGAGAGGUCCUGGUGCGUCGGGAGUCCGAGCUACGUUUCAUGAUGGAUGACAUUCAGCUCUGUAAAGACAUCAUGAGCCUAAAGCAGGAGCUGAGACAGAUUGUUGCAGUGCCAGAGAAAGACAAAACCAAGAAGCACAGGCAGCGAGAAGAGGAGCUGAUCCUGAAGAUCCAUAAACUGGUGCAGAAGAGGGAUUUCCUGGUUGACGACGCCGAGGUGGAGCGAUUAAGGGAGCGAGAGGAGGAUAAGGAGAUGGCUGAAUUCCUCAGGCUGAAGCUGAUGCCUCUGGAGAAGAAAAUCAAAGUCACACAAAAUCCUCCAAAGCCCAAGAGACAAGUCCCGGAGCCGCCGCCCAACAAGCCAUCCAUCACCAAGUCAGGAGUGGCCAUCAUUAAAGACUGCUGCGGAGCCACCCAGUGUGCUGUCAUGUAACCAACAGAGACCUCUGUACUCCCAGUCUCAGAAACAACACUAUCUCACAUCACACGACACACUCUGCUGACUCUUACAUCACUUCCUGUGACCCAGAGAACCCUCACACCAAAGCUACUAUAAGAGUUUUUUGUCCCUUGACACUGAUCAGGACUCAGGUUGGUAAUUUAUACAAGGUUUUGAGCAGGGGUGUGGAAACUGAUCCCUAGUCAGCACUCGGGGGAAACGUCACCGUGAGGCACCUGUGUAAGUGGAGAUUGCUUUUCAAAUGUACAUAUGAAAUAAAGGGGGCCACUCAAAUGAUACAGAGAUAUAGAGUUGAUAUGACAGGUAAUAUGUGGAAAUAAGAUGAUAAUGGUAACAAAAUCAAAUGUAUAAAUAGAUGUUAAUAGAGGUGUUAAUUCAAACAGAUCAGGGCAUUCUAAUAUGUACCGUUCCCUGUUCAGAUGGCAGUAUGCUGUUUGAACAUCUAGGUGACACAAGGUUCAGAUUAUUUGCAGAGCUACAAGCACAAUGUCCCUAAUGUGAACUUUAAAUCCCAGGGUUCUCUGCCCACUAGGAACUUCUUUUUUUUUUUUUUACCCCUCAAGGUCAUGUUUGAGCUUCCACACCAACCUUGAACCAUUUUUAGUUUGCCCUCCACCCGUUUCAGGAGACCCAUGUCUGGUUUUUAUUGUUGUUCACAGGCGAGCCCAACACAUCCCGUUUAGAAAACAGAUCUAGCUGAUUGACUAUGAUCCUGGAUGUGGUUAAAAAAAUGUGCCAGCCUGUGGAUGUUUUGUACUGGAGCUGACCGAUAUUUGACUGAUUCUAUACCGGCUGGAACCGCAGCACAGCUGUCCACAAACAGUUUAGUUUUGACGAGCAAAAUGUCAACGAGGGUCACGGAUAGCUCAUUUUCAGUCCAAGGUUCAGGUGAUCUCACAAGCAUAUGCCAACACUACCCUUUAAUCAUAUUACUAAACAUGAUGUGAUUGUUUUGUUAUGUUUCACGAUGCAUUUUCCUCAUCCCUCAAUGUCAGUGUGUCACUGGCUAUACUAACCUCAUCUUUAGACAUCAGCCACUGGGAAUUUACAGAUGACCAUGGUAGUGCAGCAGCAUUCCUAGUUGCUAUGGACACUGCUGACUAGAAAUAACUUGCAUCCCAUGAAUUUAGUCUUGCCGUUUUUAUGAUGAACACCAGGAGGUGAAUGCAAUUCUCUUGUAAAUGCCUAAUAGUUUCAAGACGAUGUAUGUUUGAGUGUAUUUAGGACAUUAGUGACUCUUGUCAAGCAAAGUGUUGCUCCUUGUCACCUUACCUUCUUCCUGAUAACUUAGCGUUCUGUAGUAGUAGUGAAUUUAUGAAGGCCCUAAUGUUGAAUAUUGAACAAAUAUGCAGAAAAAAAAUCAGCUGAGGCUACCUGUACAUACAUGUUUAAAUAAAAAGCAAAUUUCA